AUGUGCCUCGAUCAUGAAAGGUCUUCACUGCUACAGUUCAAGGAAAGGUUUACCAUUCAGAGAUUUGCUUCUCUUGAUGGUAAUGCUUAUCCAAAACUGAAUUCCUGGACAGCCAAAGACUGUUGCUUUUGGGAUGGUGUUGAGUGUGAUGAGCACACAGGCCAUGUCAUCAGCCUUGAUCUCAGGAGCAGCUUUCUCUAUGGCUCUCUUGACUAUAAUAGUAGCCUUUUCAACCUCGUUCACCUCCAGAUCCUUAAUCUCGCCGACAACCAUUUCAAUUAUUCGGCCAUACCUACUGCUAUCAAGCAGCUUUCUAUGCUCACUCUUCUCAACCUAGCUUCUUCUGUCUUCUCUGGCCACAUUCCAUCAGAAGUUUCAGAAUUAUCCAAGUUAUCCACUCUUGAUUUGUCCCGCAAUGUUCGUCGUGAUAAUUCUCAAGAACAUCUACUGAAACUCGAGCAAGGUGGUUUCGAGAGCCUUAUUUCAAACAUGACAAGCCUCAAAAUGCUUCAUCUGAGUUAUGUUGACAUAUCAUCAUCUGUGCCAGAUUCUUUGACAAACUUUUUGUAA